CCCCACGUGACCCCGCCCACGUGACGCGACGCCCGGCGCCGCCAUGAUGGCGGCGAGCGGCGGGGCCGGGCCCGGCCGGGCCCUGGAGGCGCUGCUGGAGAUGGGAUUCGGUGCCCGGCGCGCGGCGAAGGCGCUGGCGCUGACCGGGAACCGCGGGGUGGAACCGGCGAUGGACUGGCUGGUGGCCCACGAGGACGACCCCGACUCGGACUCGGAGCCGGAGCUGCCCCCGGAGCUGGGGGCGCUGCUGGGGGGGCCCCGCGCGCCCCCCGAGGAGGACGAGACCCACAAGCUGCUGGCGGAGGCGGGGCAGGAGCGGGAGCGGCGCCGCCGGGGCCAGGAGCUCUCCCGGCUGCGCGAGUGGCGCCGGGACGAGGAGCGGCGCCGCGCGGCCGAGGAGCGGCGCCGGGACCGGGCCGAGGAGCGGGCGGCGCGGCAGAGAGUGCGGGAGAAGAUUGAGCGGGACAAGGCAGAGCGAGCGCAGAGGUUUGCCCCGGUGCCCCCAGACCCGGCCCCGGCCCCGGCGCCCGCCCAGGAGGCGCCGGCACCGAAGGAGUACGAGGAGUGCCGGAUCCAGGUGCGGCUGCCGGACGGGCGCGCGCUCACGCAGCGUUUCCGUGCCCGGGAGCCGCUGGCGGCGCUCCGGCUUUUCGUGGAGCUGCACCGGGGGAACGGGAACGGCCCCGGGGGCCCCCCCGAGCCCUUCAGCCUCCGCACGGCCUUCCCCCGGCGCCUCUUCACCGACGAGGACAUGGAGAAACCCCUGCAGGAGCUCGGUCUGGUUCCCUCCGCCGUCGUCAUCGUGGCCAAAAAAGAGGGGAGCUGAGGGGGAGCACCCCCAAGCCCCCCAAAAACCCCAAAUAAACACAAAAAACCCAAUAAAAACCCCAAAUAAACACUAAAAACCCCAAAUAAACACAAAAAAACC